AUGCCCUGGGGGCCUGCAUACAGCAGCAGAGAGAUGAUGUAUCCCAAUGGAUCCUUGCUCUUCCAGAAUGUCACUCAGAAAGAUGCAGGAGCCUAUACACUACACAUGGUAUUGAAAAACUUUGAUAUUAGGAGAGCAUCCAUGCAGUUCCUUGUACACCACAACACAGCAAUGAUACCAAAGACCAAAAAUAUCUAUACCUGGGAGGGGUCUUUAGUAGCAUUAGUGUGUGAGCCUAAGACUCAGAAUACAACCUACUUGUGGAGGAUAAAUGACCAAAGCCUCUCAAAAGAGGACAGGCUGAAGUUGUCUGAGGACAACAGGACUUUCACUUUACUCAGUGUUGUGAGGAUUGACACAGGAUCCUAUGAAUGUGAAACCAGGAACCCAGUGACUUCCUCCCCAAGUGACCCAUUCUCUCUGAACAUUACCUAUGGUCCAGAUGUCUCAAUCAUAUCCCCCUCAAAUAUUUAUUUUCAUUCAAGGACAAACCUCAGCCUCUCUUGCCACACAUCCUCUAACCCAUCUCCACAGUACUCUUAGUAUUUCAAGGGAGAGGUUUUUUUUUCCUCCCAAGAGCUCUUUAUUCCCAACAUCAAUACUAAUAAUAGCAGAUCGUAUACCAGCCAUAUCUAUAACUCUGUCACUGGCCUGAGUAAGACCACAUCAAGAACAUUACAGUCCUUAGUAAGUGGAUCUCUGAAUAUCAGCACCAGUUUUGGAGUGGAGUCUUUUGGCUUUCUGGGAAGACACAGAAGCAUUUAA